CCGCGGUAGCUUCCUUAGGACAGUAGCGUCCAAGGAGCCGCGACAGUUUCUGUUCUUAGGUCGGGGGGAGACCCAUUUGACUGACUCUGCGGCAACCCGUAGCCAGGAUUAAGAACCUGAUCAGAGUGGAGGCUGUUGAUGUCGCCGGAAAUAUGAUCAGCGCCCCUGAUGUGGUAGCCUUCACCAAGGAAGACGAGUAUGAGGAAGAACCUUACAAUGAGCCUGCCUUGCCUGAAGAGUACUCAGUUCCUCUCUUCCCCUAUGCCAGCCAGGGGGCUAACCCCUGGUCUAAACUUUCUGGGGCCAAGUUCUCCAGGGACUUCAUCCUUAUUUCCGAGUUCUCUGAGCAGGUGGGACCACAACCCUUGCUGACCAUCCCCAAUGACACCAAAGUUUUUGGCACUUUUGAUCUCAAUUACUUCUCCUUGCGGAUCAUGUCCGUGGAUUACCAGGCUUCCUUCGUCGGUCAUCCUCCUGGUUCUGCCUACCCGAAGUUGAACUUUGUGGAGGACUCUAAAGUGGUACUGGGAGACUCUAAGGAAGGGGCGUUUGCAUAUGUGCAUCACCUAACCUUAUAUGACCUAGAGGCCCGGGGCUUUGUCAGACCCUUCUGUAUGGCUUAUAUCUCCGCAGACCAGCAUAAAAUCAUGCAGCAGUUCCAAGAGCUUUCAGCUGAAUUUUCCAAAGCAUCAGAGUGCUUGAAGAUGGGUAACAGGAAGGCAUUUGCUGGGGAGCUUGAAAAAAAGCUGAAAGACUUGGAUUACACCAGGACAGUGCUGCACACAGAAACUGAGAUCCAGAAGAAAGCCAAUGACAAAGGUUUUUAUUCAUCUCAGGCAAUUGAGAAAGCCAAUGAGCUGGCCAAUGUGGAGAAGUCCAUCAUUGAGCAUCAAGAUUUGCUGAAGCAGAUCCGCUCAUACCCCCGUCAGAAGAUGAAGGUACCUGAUUUGCAUCCUGGUGGUGUGGAGCAAUCCCAAGAUGAGGCUGACCAGGUUUCCACUCCCCCUAAUCCUGAGGAGCCAGCUCACGCAGACCUUUAUACCUGCAGGCCAUCUUAUACCCCAAAACUCAUCAAAGCGAAGUCUACCAAGUGCUUUGACAAGAAGUUGAAGACCUUGGAGGAACUCUGUGACACCGAGUAUUUCACUCAGACCCUUGCCCAGCUUAGCCACAUUGAACACAUGUUCAGAGGAGACCUCUGCUACCUCCUGACCAGUCAGAUUGACAGAGCACUUCGAAAACACCAGCACAUAACAAAUUUCCUCUUCGAAGAUUUUAUGGAGGUUGAUGACAGGAUAGAGAAGCAAGAGAAUGUGCCCUCUCGGCCCAGCCAGGACGGGCUGCCUUCUAGGCCUGUGGAAGAAUGCCCCAUUCCUAAAGUCUUAAUUAGUGUUGGUUCCUACAAGUCCAGUGUGGAGUCUGUGUUGAUCAAGAUGGAUCAGGAACUUGGAGAUGAAGAGUACAAGAAAGUGGAGGCAACAGAGUCAAGCAGUUUUGACCCUCAAGAAAACCUGGACUACCUGGACAUGGAUAUGAAAGGGAGCAUCAGCAGUGGGGAAAGCAUUGAGGUUCUGGGCACUGAGAAGUCCUCUUCUGUGUUGUCCAAAUCCGACAGCCAGGCCAGCCUCACGGUGCCGUUGAGCCCCCGUGUGGUCCGCAGCAAAGCGGUCAGCCACAGGACAGUCAGUGAGGACAGCAUUGAAGUCUUAAGCACUUGCCCUUCUGAGGCCCUCAUUCCUGAUGACUUUAAGGCCAGCUACCCAAGUGCCAUUAAUGAGGAAGAGACCUAUGCAGAUAAUGAGGGGGCCAUCCAUUUCCAUGCAAGUGUCAGCCCACCAGAAUUGGGUGAAACUCAGGAGGGCAACUUGGAAAAUACCCCAUCCCAAAUAGACUCCAGCUGCUGUAUUGGCAAGGAGAGUGAAGGUCAGCUGGUGCCUCUGCCCACCCCAGCUUCCACUCUUUCCGAAGAGGAUGGUGUGGUGAGCAUUCCUCCACAGCGCUACCUGCAGAAGGAACAAGGGCUCCAUGUGGACGUUGUCAUGGAAAACACUGACCCUUCUCCCCGAGACAACAUAUGUGAAAUGUUCCCAGCUUAUGAGCUGGAUCCACGCUGCCUUCUGGCUAGCCGAGAUGUUAGUAAGACGAGCCUGGAUAACUACUCCGAUACUGCUAGCUACAUGGGCAGUGUGGCCUCCGCCAGCUCAGACAGAAGCCUCUCUGCUCACCCUGCUGGCCUAUCCUCUGAGAGACACAAAAAGAGAGCUGGCCAGAAUGCCUUAAAGUUCAUCCGUCAGUAUCCUUUUGCACACCCAGCCAUCUACUCCCUGCUCAGUGGGAGGACACUUGUGGUCCUGGGUGAAGAUGAAAGCAUAGUCAGAAAGCUUGUGACUGCAUUGUCCAUCUUUGUGCCCAGCUAUGGCUGCUGUGCCAAGCCAGUGAAGCACUGGAUCUCCUCCCCUUUGCAUAUCAUGGAUUUUCAGAAGUGGAAGCUUAUUGGCCUACAGAGAGUGGCCUCCCCUUCCAGUGUGGGUACUCUUCAUACCCUGAGCCGGUACAGCCGCUAUACAAGCAUCCUGGACCUGGACAACAAGACCCUACGCUGUCCCCUGUACAGCGGUACGCUGGUGCCCCGCCUGGCUGACCAUCGCACUCAGAUCAAGCGGGGCAGCACCUACUACCUACAUGUCCAGAGCAUGCUCACCCAGCUCUGCUCUAAGGCAUUCCUCUACACCUUUUGCCACCACCUACAUCUGCCUGCCCACAGUGAGGAGACACGAGAAGCAGUGGCCAGCAGACAGACCAGCUUCCUGAAGCUUAACCUGGGACUAGUCAAUGAGGACAUCAGAGUAGUUCAGUACCUGGCUGAGCUGUUGAAAUUGCACUACCUGCAGGAGUCACCUGGGGCCGCCCGCCCACUGCUCAGGUUUGACUAUGUCCCCAGCUUUUUGUACAAAAUCUAAGGAUUCCA